CUUCAAGACCGAAGAAAGAUUAAAUUUGUUGGCUGGGGUAUGAGCCGUGCAAACCUUCCUCAUUCAUUUCUUCGAAUUUGUUGGCUGUGGGUGGUACGGAUCCUCGCCUUCAAUAGAUAGCUAGUGUGAGAUACCCAACAACUAGACUAGACUACUGUAUUGAGAUAAAGAGAUGUCGAGUCGGAUACGAGCAGGGCUGUUCUUGUUUCUGGCAUUUUGCCUGGUCCAAGCCACGGAAUCCUUUACGCUACCCUUUUCCCCAAGACAAGCUCCUUCUUUUGUCGGCGUUCCAUGCAAUAAGUUGGACACCAACGGUCGCCUUAUUGAAAGGCGAUCCAAUGGCCAUGGAAUCAACCUGAUCUUGGCCAGCAGUGCCAGCAACAAGGAGAUCGUAUCUGUGGAGGCAGAAGACAUUUUCCUCCAAAACUGUGACAGUGAUGGUCUCAUGACCAAGAAAAUGGUUCAAAACUUGGACUUUGUGGCAGAGAUGAUGAAAGAAGGAGACCUGAUUCAGGCUGAACUGGAUCAGUUGUGGGAGGGUGCCCCCAAAUUCCCCGAUAGCGACGAAGAACGCAUAGAUGUUGACUCGUUUGUGCAGAUUUAUCGGGAUAUCGACGAUCUGUUUGAAGAUGACGAGGAAGAAAAAGAAGAAAAAUCCACAGUCAGUUUGGAAUUGCAAGAUGACAGCAACAACGAUGACGAUGAUGAGUUGAAAAACAUUUUCCAAUCCAUUGCAACUGACAAAGGUGUCUUGUCCAAACAAGCCUUGUUGAGAUGGAAAGAAGUGAAAAGUCUACUAGACGAUGGCUUGUUUGAUGAGGAGGAAUUUGAUGGAAUUUGGAAAAGUCUUCCUAAAGCUGACCACGGCAUAGGAAUAGCCGGCUUUCUGAAAUUCAAUAAAGAAUUGGACAAUUUGUUUGAGUUUGACGACGAGGAAGUCGAGGGAGGAGAAGAAGAAUCUGCCGAGGCCGAGGUGACAGCUCAAGUGGACACGACGACAAUCAUUGCCGCAGAAGAACUAGCCAUGAUAGAGGACGAAGACCUUAGCCCAGCAGAACUGUUCAAUGCCUUGGCGGAUUCUGGUGGUCUAGUAGGCAAGGACGAGUUGAAACGCUGGGGGGAGCUGCAAGAAAUGCUCAAGGAAGAAGAUUUGAUGCCAUUAGAACUGGAGAAUAUUUAUGACUCGAUUGCCAAGGCAGACGAGAACAAACUCAACAAGGAAGGCUUUCUUGCCUUGUACAACAAAAUCGAUUCCUUGUUCGAAGACGAGGAGGGAGAUGACGAGCCAGCGGUCGCCGAACCUGCAGCCUCGGGAACAAAGGAGCAGCUCUUGGCAACAGUCGCCAGCUUCAACUCUGAUGAAGAACGACUCCCCUGUGGAUUGGAGAGUACAGAAUUGGAGCAAAAAUACGUUUUGGAACUCGUGACAGCCUUGGAAUCAGAGUCUAGCAACAUGGUCCGAGAGCGCCAAGGAGCAAUCGAAAUGUCGGAUCUUGCGGGUGAAUGGGAGCUUCUGUACACAAGUUCAGCGGCCAUGGCAUACAACAAGGGAUUGAGUGGACUUGGUGGCAGCUUUCCCAACGGCAAAUUUGGCGGUCUCAAGAUGAAGCUGAUUGCAUCCAAGUUCCUGACGGAUGUUGAAUACACCGAACGCAUCAACGUAACACCUGACACUGCCUCUUUUGACGUAAGUGUCAACGGGAGUUGGGAACUUCGUAGCAGUGUCUCCAUCUUCACUGGUGAACCCUCGAUUGCGUUGACAGUAGUCCCUGAAAGGGUUACAUACGGUCCUACAUCGACGAGGGCAGAUCAUUGGAAGAGUUUGGGUCCCACUAACAUGCUUGACGUGAGCUAUCUGGACGACAAUCUACGGGUGAUGAGGGGUAACACCUCCACAGACUCCAUCUUAAUCUUCAAGCGGACUCAGUAGUAAACAAUGAAGCUAAUAAGAAAAGGUAAUACUUCCAUG